CCUUUCUAAUGGUCGUUACCGCUACUCCACCACUACCACCUUCAAGUAUUCUUAUGGACGAAGCCCACUUCAUUGACGGUAAACGCGCCAUCGAAGACGCUGUGACACGGUGGUAAUGCAACCGCGUCUCCACUACGUAACCCUAGUCAUACUUCUUAGUGUGUUUUUAACAUUCUACGUCAGCUUCCUUCUAACCCUUCCCGUAAGUCCCAUCCCUGCAACCCCCAAAACGAACCUGAAAGAAAUUAUCGGUUACUCUCUGCUGAAGAAGAUCGAAAUCGAAAGUGAACGGGCGAGCUGCGCCGAGCUGAUUCGACCCAAAAAAGUGCGUUUUCAAAGAUCGGAAAUGUGGACCUUGGUGCCCGGGACCAAUUUGCACGUUUUCAACGUCUACUACGACGACAGACUGAAACCCUACCGCUACCUGAGAUUAAUUGGAAUGAUGAAAGGCACAACCAACCAAACCCUCUACUGCCAAACCGAAAUGAAAGACAAGAUCUACCACAUCACCAGGGCGAUCAUACACGAAAUAUGGCUAAAGGAGUGGAAUGAGGGCGACGAACAGACCUUCAACCCAGUUUUGAUAUCGUGCUCCCUACCAACGGGUUACAUCCCUCAGACACUCUCAAUCAACUCAGAUCAGUGCACCCUAAGCUCACAGACUUUCAACAUAAUCGUCCCACGCGUACAAGAAACCAAAGACAAUUACACAACGACAGUUUGCGUCAAAUCCUUAAAUUUCGUCGAAGACAUCUCGGUGCGUUUAAUGCAGUGGAUCGAGAUGAAUCGAUUAUUGGGCGCGGACCGUUUCCAUUUUUUCGUAGGUAAAAUUCACAAAAACGUCCACGAGCUGCUAAGGUUCUACUCGCGUAAGCUCAAAGACCGGUUCGUCGUUAGGCGCUACCGAAAUGUCGAAAGUGUUCACGGAAAUGAGGACGAUUUGGCGGAACAAAAAAGAAGAUCUCGUCACUUGGGCACGUUAAACAAUAAAAACGUGUCGCGAAUGAGCUCGAGCGUCAACAAUAAAAGGCCAUUAAGAGAUAAUGAUACAUUUGAAACCGUUAACUACACCGAAGUAUUUUAUAGGGAAGUGUGGCAAAAAAGAAGAAAUGAGGUAAUAACAUACAAUGACUGCAUGUACCGCAAUUUACGUUCGUCACACUUUGUUAUCCCGCUCGACAUUGACGAGGUGAUCAUUCCAAGGGUAUUUUACACGUGGAGAACUGCCUUGCGGCACAUAUUCGAAGAUCACCCAACGCUUCACGAAAGAUACGCAUCGUUUUCGGUGCGAAACGCUUAUUUCCUGGAGGAGUACGCCAGGAGUGCCAGUACGAACGUCUUCUUCUUCGACUACAUCAAACGUAGCCAGUUCAGUGACGAGGGCGAAUCUGGGAAAAGUUUCGUGUACGUCAAAAACACCCUCAGUGUCUUCAAUCACUACUCGCUCGAAGCGCUCAAGCCCGGUAUAAGAAGAACGUUUUUCCUCCCCGAAGAUCUCCUACAAAAAAACCACUACAAACCGACCUGCUUGGUUGCACUGUUACCACAAUGUACUAAAUACACGUCUAGUCAAAUUAGAAUAGAAGACGCGCUUAUUAAUAAAUAUAGGACAGAUUUCUUCAAAAAUUACCGGGAUGUUUAUAGAAUGUUUACUAAUAAAAGUGAUAUAUGAGUGUGCAAUUAGUAACCACCUCAUUAGAGAAAGAACUUGUUUGUGACUCGCUGCAAAAACGCACAACUGAACUUGUUUGGUCGUUUAGUGCGGAAUUUACUUUAUCAAUUGGCAUUAAAAAAAAGCUGAA